AUGGCAGGCAGUGGGAGUGCCUCCAAGCGUGCAGACAGCUGCCUUGAAGGCGCCAGCCGUAUGUGUAGCAGGCACAUGCAUGGCGGGCGAUUCCUGGAUCUUCAGGCAGGUGCCUCUUCGUCAAAUGCUUCGGUGCAGAUUGAUCCAGACAAGGGCUGGAUCAAUGUGGAGGGCUACUGGAUCAAGGCAAGAGGGAUGUUCUGGGCCGGGCCUCAGAAGAUUGAAGUGGAAGGAGCGCACAGGGACUUUGUGAUUACAAACUCCGUGCGCCGAAAUCUUCAGAACAUCUCUCGGAUGCUUAGUGGUGGACGAUUCCCGAUACUCCUGGAAGGGCCGACUUCCGCGGGCAAGACCUCCCUGGUGAAGUUUCUGGCGCAGCUGACCGGCCAUGAGUUCGUUCGCAUCAACAACCAUGAGCACACCGACCUCCAAGAGUACGUUGGCCAGUACGUGUGUGACCCGGAGACUGGCCAGCUGGUUUUCCAGGAGGGUGUGCUUGUGCGGGCUGCCAGGGCAGGUCACUGGGUGGUUCUGGAUGAGCUCAACCUUGCGCCCAGUGAGGUUUUGGAAGCCCUGAAUCGCCUCCUCGACGACAACCGCGAGCUCUACAUCCCUGACACCGGGGCUACUGUGAAGCCGCAUGAGGAGUUCAUGGUCUUUGCAACACAGAACCCUGCGGGGGCCAACUAUGGUGGCCGCAAGCUCCUGUCCCGUGCAUUUCGCAACCGCUUCACAGAGGUCUUUGUGAGUGAGCUCCCGAUGGAGGAGCUGGCAGUUGUCCUGCACAAGCGUUGCCAGGUGCCACCAUCAUAUGUCAAGGUCAUGCUGGCUGUGUACCAGGACCUCCAGUCACACAGAAACCAGUCGGCGGUUUUCCUGGGAAAGCAGAGCUUCAUGACGGUGCGCGACUUGCUGCGAUGGGGACACAGGAAGCCCAGCUCGUACUUGGAGCUGGCGACGGAGGGAUUCACGCUGCUGGCAGAGAGGUUGCGAAAGGAGGAGGAGCGAGAGGUGGUUCGCAAGUCCUUGGAGAAACGAUGCACCGGCGUGAAGGAUCUGCAUCUCGACUACAGCAAGGAUGAGGUGGUCUGCACGGCGCGAGAGCGCGUGGCCCAGAAGCUCAAAGCGGGGCUCCAGGCGCCUGGAGGAGUCGGCCAGGUUGUGUGGACGCCAGCAUUUUGCCGCAUGGUUGCUUUGAUUGGCCGUUGCAUACGCUCUGGUGAACCUGCCCUUCUUGUGGGGGAAACGGGAGGUGGAAAGACCAUGGCGUGUCAGUUGCUGUCCUGGGCCUUAGUUGAGGAGGAUGUUUUGGAUCGCCGGCUUCGCACUUUGAAUUGUCACCAGCAGACAGAGACGUCCGACUUCAUCGGUUCCCUUCGUCCAGUGCGUGGUCGGGAUACGACGUUCAAGUCCAUUUGCGCAGCAGCCUGCAAAAUGCAAGAGAUGCUGGCAAAAUUCCGUGCUUCUCGAGUAGCUGACUCGGAGUGUCCGGAGUUCAGCAAGCUGCAAGGAGAGGUACGUUUGGCGGCAGCAGGGAAAGGCAAUCCGAAGAACUUGGGCCAGGCCCUCCGUGCUGCAAUUGCCGGCAACAUCCUUGGCGAAGGGGAUGAAGCCGAGGUAAAGAGAAGGCGGCGAGAGGCUGGAACUGCCAAGGGACCCGACGCAUUGCUGCCGAUGGCUCUCCACCUGGUCUCACUUUGUGGAGACUACGACCGGAUCUUUGAGUGGGCCGAUGGAGCCCUGGUGGAAGCCAUGCGUGCUGGUGGGGCAUUCCUCGUGGACGAGAUCUCCUUGGCGGAAGACUCGGUUCUGGAGCGAUUGAACUCGGUCUUGGAGCCUGAGCACUCCCUUCUCCUCGCAGAGAAGCCCUUGACAGGAGCCGACUUGGAGGUGGUCAAGGCGCGGCCCAGCUUCAGACUCUUUGCCACCAUGAAUCCGGGUGGUGAUUUUGGAAAGCGAGAGCUGUCGCCAGCCCUCCGGAAUCGAUUUACCGAGAUCUGGGUGGAGCCCAUCGACUUCUCAACGAAGGAAGCAGAGGACCUGGUGGCCACGCAGCUGUCCUGGCCCCUGCUCGCACGACCCAUGCUCGACUGCGUCAGCUGGUUCAACCAGCGCGUGCUGCACCCUCUGAGCAUUCGCGAGGUCCUGGCUUGGGCUGCCUUUGUUCAGAGCACGGCACCGGCAAAAACGGUCAAACUCCCCGAGUCCAGCUUCGAACGGGCAGUGGAGAUGUACAUGCAUGGUGGUUGCAUGACUCUGGUGGACAGCCUUGGUUUGGGCAAUCAGCUUGUCGACACCGAGUGCGUGGCCUUGUAUCAGAAGUCCGCUGACGAGACAUGCAGCAUGAAUUCUGGUGGGCUGUCGGUCGCACAGCGGGCAAUCCUGUGGAACCUACUUGGCCAGCUGGACAGGUCCGGUCUCUUCAAGGACUCGCUGCAACUCAGCUGUCAGGCCAUCUCGGAUGCGGUGCUCUUUGGUGCUAUCUAA